AUUCCGAUUAUUUUGAUUUUGUUUAUUAAAAUUAAGGAAGCGAAUUAAUAAAAGCUGUUUUAAUUUGAUCUGGCUUUCAAAAGGGUAUGCUAAUUGUAAAAUGACAUCUCAACGUUUCUAUGAAAUUGCCAUCAUUUGUUUACUUAUGUAACAAUUACAAUAAUUUUUUUUGAAUUCUCAGUGUGCCAGCAAAGUCUGUUCAAGUCGAGAAUGUUGCUUGGAAAAUUGUUAAAGCCAAAAACCUCUGGAUGGCGUUCGUUGCACCUCAAGCGACGCGAGGUGUACCAGCAAUGCUUCCGUAUAUUGGGCGUACAUGAAUCCGCUGAUCAGGAUACAGUGCGUCAGGCAUAUUUGGAUUUGGUUAAACGCGUUCAUCCCGAUGCCGAUACGGAUGAGGCAAGCAGCGAACGCUUUCAACUCGUUGACGAAGCCUUUAAAAUGUUGCAGGAGAAGUUUGCCAAGGGCAGGCGCAACAUAAGCGAGAACGAGGAGGAACCUGUGGAGUUCGAUAUAAAACAUACAGCGCCACAGCAUCGUCAGUAUCUGUCCAAUGAUGGCAUUGGAGUUGGCACUCCCUUCCAGCGUCAAAAGCAAUAUCAACAGGUGCGUGCUAUGAAGGCCCAGGAGCGUGUGCUUGAGCACCGCAUCGAGAAGGCAGCAGCUGGAGAUGCUACAGUGAUGUGCAAGGGAGGCAGCUAUUAUGGUAAACAUGCCGUCAAGACCAAGUAUGGCAUUGAGCGUGUCGUUGAGGAUCUUAUACAGGAGGCCAUGUCCAAGGGUGACUUUAACAAUUUAAAUGGCGCUGGGAAACCUCUUUCAACGGCUCAAAUGCAGAAUCCGUACUUGGACUUUACCACACACAAACUUAACAAAAUAUUGCUCGACAAUGGCUUCACGCCGGAAUGGAUUACAUUGAGCCGCGACAUCCGUGAUGCUGCCAACAAUUUAAAGCAAAAGGUUCGCACUGAGCGUAGCUUUUACGGCGAUUGGCCAUUGACCAGCUCAGAUCAGCUGGCAUCCUGGGAAUCCUUUGUUCAAUUGCAUGCUGAGGAAGUGCAGCAGCUCAACAAACUCAUCGACAAGUAUAAUCUGAUUGUGCCCAUUCUGGAGAAUCAGUUCUUUCGUCUACGUAUGGAUAAACUUGCCGAGGGCAUCUUCAAGGAACCAGAUCUACCCCGCAAUCUUCCCCGUCCUCAACUUGACAGCAAGACCAAAAAUGUUGGCACAGGAAACGAAAGAAAUUUCAUGGUCAAUUUCUUCUCAAUUAUUGGAUUUCUAUAGGGAACAAUGUGAUACAAAUGUUUUAUUAAUUGGUGAUAUUAGUUAUGUAUUUUAGAAAAUGUUAUGUUAUGUUUAUAUUAUUUUGGUUUAACCAAAUAAUUAAAAUAUAUAUGUACAAAAGAGGUGCAGAAAUGAUUUAUGAAAUAAACAUUGUUAGCUUAUUGCUCAUCCACUAAU